CUGCCGCGCCGCUCGGAGAAGGAAAGAUGGCGUCUUCAGAGCAGSAGCGCAUCUCCGCGACCGUCAUCACCGUGUUUGUCCUCGGUGUGUCGGSCUGGCUGAACGUGGGGCAGUGCGGUGAGCAGGUGCCCCUGGUGAUGUGGACCAGCGAGGGAUGAGUAUUGAGGACUUCACCUUGUAUGGAGGAGCUUUUGGAAACAAACAGGACAGUGCUUUUCCUAAUCUUGAGGGAGCUCUGCAGUCCUCCUCCUCCUCUCUGGUGUUACCUGCUGUGUCUUGGCCUGCCUCCAAUGCUGUGAUUGGUCAUCUACAAGACCAGUUACAAGUUUCUUCUUUAUACAUGGACCCUGAGACCCUGAGCCAACUCAGACUCAAUGCCUCUUCACCUGCCUUGCUGGUGUUCAGGUURCCUUACACCAUCGGAGCUGAUCUGGUGUCUGCAAAAGAAAUUCUCAGUGGAAACGAUGAGAUGAUUGGUCAGGUGAUGAGCAUUAUGAAAACCCAGUCUGUCCCGUACACAGCCAUUUACACCGGCUUACAGCCCUCCAGGGAGGCAGUGUCUCCGUCUUUGGAACCAGUCCUGGGAGGAGGACGCUCUUUGUUGCAGUCCAGAGGUGGAUACAGGGACAGAUACAGGGAAAGGGACCGGCAGCCAAAAGUCAAGGAGAGAGCUGGGAUUUAUGCUCCAGUGGAGUUUAAGGAGGGAGAGAAAACCUGCAUCCUUCUGUGGUCCAAAAGCCUGUCAGUCAGCAUCCUUCGCAGUGGUCGCUGGGAGGACCAUGACCUGACCCCGUCUACGUUUGGUGAAGGAGUUAGCCCCAAACUUCAUGGCUCCAGCUGUGAUCAGAACAAAGCAAGGUUGGUUCUUAACUACGAGAAUGUCCUUGGCCAUCGUAACUUCAAGCUGAUCUUUGCCAUGAGCCAGCGUUACUACAAAGUGUCUGCACGGCGCUGGUUCUCUCUGGAUGCUGUUGAGCUGGAAUAUGAUGGCACCAAGGCAACGUUCAACGGCAGCAGAUAUAUUUACGCUCCUGCAGAAUACUCCUACCGCUGUGAUUCUGUCACCAACACUGGAUGGCCCCUGCUUGUCCCACGAUUUUCCAAGGACCCAGCCAAUCAGUGGAGGGUCUUCUUUAAGGACUUCCARAUACAAGGCUUUAAUGUGACUGGCAGUGACUUCUCAUAUGCGAGUGACUGCGCGAGUUUCUUCUCCCCUGGUAUCUGGAUGGGUCUGAUGACCAGUCUUCUCAUGGUUCUGGUCCUGACCUACGGCCUGCACAUGAUCAUGCAGCUCCGCACUAUGGACCGCUUCGAUGACCCCAAGGGUCCUGCCAUCUCUGUGCCCCAGACAGAGUGACACAGUUCCAGGCUGUCUCCUUCUGGGUCUACCUGUCCUCAGUCAUUCCCCUCACUUACAUGUGUAGUUUGUCAUCAUACAGUUUGGUUUGUGGUGUUGUCAGAAUGUAUUCAUCCCUGCACAAUAGUAUAAAUGUGAAUCCUGAGAAGGGAAAUGUAUUUUAUGUAGCUCUGGUUUGUUCUUUUUUUUUCCCUCUGAAGAUUUGUCAACAAAGACACAAAGAUAAAAGCAUGAUGCAGAAAAGACAACCUGUGAGGGUGUGUGUUUGUGUAAASGAUACAUACAGGGAGAAUUGUAACUUAUUUAUUAAAUGAAUUAUGAAAUGCUAUUUAUUGUUGAUGCUGCAGUCAGUGCAGUGUUUGUUUUUGAGUAACUACGUGAAAUCAUUGUUGAAUUUAGAUUAUCAACCACAUUAUUUAUAUUUCAUUGCUGUGAAAUUGCUGCUGUGACUCCAAUAAAGUAUCUAAAAAAUUUUAA